CCAGCCCCCCUUCCUUGUCUUGCAGCUUGGGGGGAAUAAAUGGGAAACAAAGGAGUUACCCUCACGUGCUGUAAUGUAAUGUUCUCUCUAUUCUGAUGUGACAUCACACAGACUCACCAUAGAUGGAGCUACUGAACAGAGAAUGAGAGAGAGGGCAGAGACAAGGAGGGGGAAGUCUCUGUGUGUGUGAGUGUGUGUGUGUCUCUGCUGCUGCUGUGAGUGUGGGGACAUGAGUGUGUGUGUGUUAAAGAGGCUUGGCUGGACUUAGUGAAACCAGAUCCUGUGAGUGUGAUCUGCAGAACAGAAGUCUGGAGGAGAGGGAGCAGUGAGCUCACACAGCAGCACAUUCACUGCUGCACAUUCACUGCUACACACAGACACCCGGCAGCUCCUUCCCAUCCUCCCCUGCACACUCUGGCCUCCAUAUCCCCAGCCCUGAGCUGGCAGCAUGAAGAAGAACCUUUCUGCAAAGAGGGGACCUCUGGAUGGGAACCAGGCCCCCUGCCAGCCAGAAAAAGUGGGAUGGAUUCGGAAAUACUGCGGGAAAGGCAUCUUCAGGGAGAUAUGGAAGAACCGUUACGUGGCUAUACGAGGGGAACAGCUCUGCAUGUCGGAGAAAGAGGGGAAAGAUGAAAAGAAUGGGCAUGAAGUCUUUGACCUGAGCGACUACGAGAAAUGCGAGGAGCUACGGAAAUCGCGAAGUCGGUCCAAAAAGAACCACAGCAGAUUCUCCCUUGUACGCUCCAAACAGCCAGGGAACACUGCACCGAACCUGAUCUUUCUCGCAGUCAGCCCUGAAGAGAAGGAAUCUUGGAUCAAUGCCCUGAACUCUGCAAUCAUACGAGCCAAGAACCGCAUCUUAGAUGAGGUCACAGUGGAAGAGGAGAGUUAUCUUGCUCACCUGACACGUGACAGAGCGAAAAUCCAGCAUACCAGGCGCCCUCCUACAAGAGGUCACCUUAUGGCAGUGGCAUCUACCUCAACUUCAGAUGGAAUGCUAACCUUGGAUCUAAUACAGGAAGAGGAUAUCUCCCCAGAAGAUCAAGGCAGCUGUGAUAAAAGUUUCAGGGUUGACCUAGACAAGUCUGUGGCCCACUUGGCUUCCAAGCGUCGCAGAUCAGAUUCUGAGAAGUGCCCAGAAAAGGGCAGGUCAGAGAACCUGCAAGGGAGAGAUCAGGUGUUCUGGGAUAAGUUGGGGCCACAUCGUGACUCUUUUGGGAAGGGCACAACCUACACGCCUCAGGUCCCUAAAAAGCUAUCUUAUUCUGAGAAGAACAAAUGUGCCUCUAUGGAGGAGAUCUUAUCGAGAUCAGACUCCUCAGGUCAACGCCCAAUGUCCAAAAAGCCCCCUGAAUCAGAGAGACUAUCCUAUUUACAGGAACUGAUAACAGAAAAGAUUGAUAAAACUCAGGAACUGCUCACAGAAGUGAAGGACUGUGGAGAAAGCAAGAAAAAGGGAAAGGAAACUUCUUGUAAAGUGGACUCUGAAAAUGUCCUUCAAGAAGCAGAGAGGCUUCUAGGAGAGGCUUCUUCCAAUUGGAGACAGGCCAGGAAGGUCUUACAGGAAAUAAAGGAACUGAGAGACCUAUACAAACAAGCAGACCAGCAGUCCCCAGAUCCUAAGCAGAAACUGGCCAGUCAUUACAGGAAAAGUGUAAUGUGAGGGACACGAGCACUCUUUAUACCCUCAAGCGUCCAAAACAAUAGGAAUAUUUCCUGGUUGAACCCUGCUUCUGGCUUCAUUACGCAAAACCAAGGAUUGUGAAGCCCAAACAGGAGACGAUGGGCUGUCUUUGGAAGGGUCUCUUGGCUUUGCACUUUACUUUUCUCCGGGGGUAGCUGUGAUGUGCAGCAGGCUAACCAUAUAUGCAGGAACCGCCAUAGGAGAGCUUUGGAUCUAAUAACACGCUCAUGCACGCUGGCUGCCCGUCCAGGCUCAGAAUCCUCAAGGUCUGCAGUGUUAAUAGUGGGGUGAUAAAUGGCAGGAUGGAAUAGGCCAACUGGAUUAGGGAUGUGAGGCAACUCUGUAGUCUUUGUAGUAUGUGUUAUCCAAUACAAAGCAUACAAACCCAUUAUAAUGUUACCUACGUUUACAUGGGCCGGCUCUUAUUUAAUGUAUUUUGCAAUGGGAAUGUAUAAAGGGUUCACUAGAAAGUAUGAAAAUAAAAUAUGUUGUUGCUCGCCUCCAGUUAUCUCUAUCAACCAUGGUAACCAAGUAGCAGGGGAAUAUCUGUAAGGAAGCUGUCAACUUUUUUACCCUGCUCAAAUCUAAAAAAGAAACUUUUUCCUGUGUCAGAACGUAAUUUCACUCAAGUCGGCCAACUAGCAGAAUGCCGAAUGACUGUCUUUUAAGUAAAAAGCAUUUCCCUGCGCUUGCAAAUGGUUGAUUGGACAACUAGAGGACAAUGCAUAAUAGACACUGUUACAUUUUCACAAAUGAAAAAAAAAAUUAUUUCCAUUUUAAAAUGCAUUUUUGUUGGGCUAAAGGUUUCCUCAGACUUACACGAGUCGUAGCAUUAAUGAGUACUGAGACUGACUAUGCACUUUUCUAGCUGGUCCAACCCCUGCAACCCUCACUUUCCUCUCUUAAAAUACCUGGGUGCUGCUUUAAUUGUAACCCUCCAGAACCAGCUAUGGUGUCCUUUAAAGAUAGGAGAUGUAAAGGAGGCAGAUGAACUCCUUCAAUAGCGCUGCAUGUUCAAAAUGGCCUUUCAAAGUUUAGGAGGUAGGUGUCUUUCUUCUGCUGGGAAACCUCAUUUUAAAACUAAAUGAAGGUUGUACUAUGUUAGCCAUGAAAUGAGAUGUUCUUAGCUUAAUGAGAUGGACAACCUCUUCAGCCAUAUUAACUGGGCAACGGGGACUUCUUAUAGAGGGUAGUCCUCUUAAGAAGAGCCUCAAUAUUUUCUAACAUAAGAACUUUCUAUGGAAAGCUUUGCAAUCGUUGCCUUCCCAGCCAGUGUCACUUAUGAUCAGAUGCUCUUCCAAACCCGAAGUCAUCUAUGCUCCGAUGUUCUUUCCAAACCAAAUGCAGAAAGUUUUGAAUCUCAACAUACCAUUCCAACCAUUACCUUUUCAUAAAUAUGUCAUAAAAUGGGGUCUAACUUUGACCAAUUGUAGUCAUCAUCAUCAUCAUCAAAAAAACGAUUUCCUUCAUCACAUCUGUAGAGGUUUUUAGCAGAGGAUCACUUUAAAGGAGAAGGAAAGUCUGUUUGCACUUGGGGCAUAAGAUUUGUCGUUAACGUACAUUUCAUCUCUUACCUUGUAUUUAUAGUAGAGGAGUUGCGUACCAACACAAAGAUGAAGGUGUUCACAUAGGGUCAAGUUUUCCUAUUUUGUGUAUGAAGGCACGUUCCUACCUUGAGGUGUAAAUCUAGUGUUUCACUAGCAAAGGGAUAUCACAAGAGAGGUAUAUCUGUGUUAACUGCAUACUGUCUUCAACCAAGCACGUACAUACCUUCAUGUUCUUGUCUAUAAUAAAUAUAAGGUCUGCAUGAAUCACAUUUUCCUGGUGUUAUACAUGGUUUGGUCAUGUGUUUGUCUUCUUAACAAGCCUGAACCCCACAUUUGGUACCGUCACCUUUUUAUGUGUCCUCUAUACCAUAACUAACCUAUACAUGGUGCAAGAAAGAGACGUGGAACUGAUUUAGCAGAUUCAUAUAACACAGAUGUUAAUACUCAAUGGAACGUUUUGGUGUUUCUUCAAAGACUGAGAUUAAGGUGUUGUGCCAUAGUUUUAUUUUGACUUUAAUGAGGAGUCACCAUGAACCAUUAAGAAGGUAGUCCAGUGCCCUUCCUCAGGCUUGUGAUCAGUAAAGCAACAAUGUAGCUGUUUUGGUUCCGUGGAAUAUGACUUCUUCUAUGACUUCUAGACAGCACCUAGUCAUGGCCUGCUUCAUUUGGUUUUCCUCACUGCUGACAAUUCCAUGAAUGUAAUCAUAUUACCAUAAACACUGUAGGUUGCUGUGUUUUAUUCUGUAGUUUGAAGACUCUGAGCCAUGAGUGGAUAGUUUUGGUGUUGGCCGCUAGAUGGUAGAUUCAUAUUUUCAAGAUGAUAGCAGCAACGUUGUUCAUACUGUAAUUUCCUGAGAUGAUAACGCAACACUUAACAUCAUUUGUGAGAUAGAAGUUGGACCUUCAGAUAAGUGUUGGACCUUCAGAUAAGUGUUGGACCUUCAAAUAGAUGUUGGACCUUCAGAUAAGUGUUGGACCUUCAAAUAGGUGUUGGACCUUCAGAAAAAUGUUGGACCUUCAGAUAAAUGUUGGACUUUCAGAUAGAUGUUGGACCUUAAUCCUUACAUAGUGAUGUAUCAGAAUCCUGUAUCUGUAUUCAGGCAGGGAACCGAGGGAAGUUGAGUAGCUUGGAGACAAGAGUAUUGGCCAGGACUCUCCCAAGAAUUUAUAAAACCGGGAAAAGAGAUUAAAGGGAACAUAUACCCAUCUGAAAUCAGAUUAAACAAACCCAUCACCCUUCAUUUUUUUGAUGUGUGCAAUUUUAUUGUUCUAAGCCUUGUGUGCAACCCUUAAAGGAGAACCAAACCCCUUAUUCAUAAAAAAACCCUACCCUACAAUUCCCCCCCCCCAGCAUAGGUGUAAACUCCGGUAAUUGCCCCAUAACCUUUACUUAUCUCUCUUUUCAGAUGCAGCGGAGCUCACGGGGGCCAUCUUCAGCGCUUCGGUAAUCUUCAGCAUGUAAGCGCCAUAUCAGCGCAUGAACAGCUGCGCAUGUGCCGCAAGUCACAAAAAUAGCCGAAGGGAAAGAAGAAGACCCCGAAGAUUACCAAAGCACUGGAAGAUGGUGCCAGUGAGCUCCGCUGCACUGAAUCUGCAAAGAGAAGUAAGUAAAGACUUAGGGGCAAUUACCGGAGUUUACAUCUAGGCUGGACCUUUAAGAGGUAUUUGAACAAACAAAGCUUUUUCUCUGACACUUCCUUCUGUGACCAAACUGUAUGUGUGUAAAACGUUUCACUUUUUAUUUAGCCGUGCCUCAUGCAUAUUUAAGCGAGUGUUUUAGAACGAGUGUAUCACUUUGCAUUGGAAAACAACUUGUGAAUAGCUUGGGAAAGGAAAAUAACCCCCUCCUUUUGGCUGCCGUUGGUAACAGCUGGAUAUGAUAUUUAUGGGGACAGUGAUGGAAACAUGGCGGGGAAUGAGAAGGUUGUCACACGCAAAGCUGGCAUCUGAUAACUCUAGGAAAUUAUUUUUCCAACCUGUUUAUAUCUGCAACUGGGAGUUGGGUGAGGGAACCAGCUGCUUUCUUACUAUUGUCCCAGCAAUGUAAAGCUUUGACUAUAACCCCUAUGUUUAUGCAAUUUUAGCUGCCCUAAAUUGUCUUUAGCUGUUGAUGAGGUUAUAUAGUUUGUUUGGAAGGGUGGUGAGCUUUAGACAAAACAGAACCAUCCUCGUAGUGUUUAGUAAUCUGGCAAUCAAUAUUGUCACUUUGCACACUCCAGACCUCCAAGAUUCAGGUUAAAAAGUCUAAAGUCUGACGCGUUUCGUGUCUAAGCACCUCCUCACACGAAAUGCGUCAGACCUCAGAUGCUUCUUUGCAUGUCAGCUGAAAGAAAUUUUCUAACCUGUCCAAUCGACUGAUCGCCAUGGCAUGAAAAAUAUCGGGACUCUCCACGGCCCGAAAAUCCUACGAAACGGAGAUUGGUACAAUCAAAUCUUUGCGUCUAUGGCCAGCUUAAGACAGGGCAGUGUCAUCGUUGUAUUAUGUAGUAUUGUGGAACACUUCCAUUACAUAACAUUUCUGAGAGAUGAAUUAUUUGGCAAAUAGGGGUACGAAUAUAAGUACAAAGUCUUGUAUCAGUUAUCUUUGUUGUGAUAUGACCGUAUUCGCUUGCAGCCUUCUCUGCAUUUCCAACACAAUGUUGGCUUUGGGCAGAUUUAGUGUAGCAGUAUUUCAUAUAGUGCAGUGUGUUGGUUGUGAUGCGGCUGUUAUUGUGUUAAUGUAACUAUGGAAACACAGCCAGAUUGGAUCUACAGAAGGUAAGAGGACAAAUAGUAUCAUAUGAUGGAUAUAUACCAAACAAACGAUUUAUAUUUCGUUAAAACGAUGCAGAUGUGGACAUCUCAACAAUGGCUUUGUGUUACUGCUAGAGUUGCAGCAUUUUUGUGUCUGGAUCUUGUUUUCCUUGCCCCACACACUCUUUGUCCUGCCAACUUCACCCGUCCUUUUACUUUCCCUCCUGAUGACACUGCUCUGUCUAAUGCUCCCUGUUUGAAACACUCUGUUGUGUGACAUCAGCAAUAUUUACAAUCAAAGUAAAGCCGGUAGGAAUACAAAUAAACCAGCACCUAAAGCAAAGGCUGGAAAACCAACCUCUCCAGGUGUGAUUUGCAUUGCAGAGGAUUAGGGUGGGUGUUAGGGUUCAUCGCUGCUGCUGAGCUGCACUGAGCACUAACAACCCCCCCAUUAAAUAGAAAGAAAAUCUUGCACAAUAUUUCUCGUUCGCAGAACUUCUUAUUCACAAAACCACAGACUUUUUUUUUUUUUCAACGUUAACCCAGUUAUAAAAAGCAGGUGCUAGUUGCAAGCGUCUUAUAUACAUGUGAGAUACAGAGGCCCCCGAGUUCUUGUCUUGGUACAGUCGUAAAAAUAAAAUAGUGAGCAGGACACCUGUGUAGGUCACAUGAUCACAAUUCGCGCAGUAUAAACACGGGA